AUGCCGUGGUCAACGUUUAGUGAUGCUCAUAAUUUACUUGUUGAAUUUAUCAACAAACCUGGAACCUUUGUUUUUCGUCUGAGUUGUAACAAUAUUGGAUUCUGGUCUGUCGGUUAUGUAGGAGAAGAUGAAAAACCUGUUCAGAUUGUUUGUCGUUCUCAUUAUCUAGCUGACUAUCUUGAAGAGACAAAACAUAGAAAAUUGUGUAUUUUCCCAAGAGGUCUUGAUUCAAACCAAAAUCCAGAUCUCAGUGAAAUUGUAAAUCAAACUCAGAUGUGUAUUGUUAGUCCCACAGAUAAUAGAAACUCUGAAUCUGUCCUUUCAUGUGGUAUAUGCAUGGAAUUUGAAAAAACAGUUCAACUUGAACCGUGUAAACAUCAUUUAUGUCUAAAAUGCUCAAUCAAAUGGAUACCUACAGUUAAAGGAUGUCCAUUCUGUCGACAGACUGUGUUAGCAACAACUUCCGUACAACUCUAUCUGAAUAAUACAAAAAAUUCUUCACCCAACGACGCAGCAAUUAAUUUGAUUCCCUCUACAAUAAUUUUACCCAAAGCUGAAUAUGAUUCUUCUGCAUAA